AUGCUGCAUUUCAGUCACCCUGGACAGACAUACCGACAGUGGUUCCACAAUCACAAGAAGGUCCAGACCAAUUUCAAAGCACCCACUAAGCCAAAAAAGAAAUGGACGGCACGGCGAGUCAUUGAGGAAGAGCGCAAGGCCGAGAUUCUUCAGCAAAUUCGGGAAGAAAUUGAGGAAGAGACUGGAGAGAAGCCUGCUCACAAGGAAGUACUGAGGAGGUAUCAGCCAACCAUGACAGCAAUCAUGCACCGGCUGGACAAAAAGGAGUUGCAGGAAGCUGAGGCAAAGGCUGAUAAGUGGAUGAAUCAAGCCCCUGAUGCCACUGUCCAGGCCAAGACAGCUAGGAAGAAGGGUGAAAAAAUGGUCAAGAACUUCGCCAAAGAAAUGUUUACUCAGGCCGGUAUGAGAGUCUUUGUUUUGGGUUCCUGGAAGGAUGAGAAGGGGGGGCUGCUUACAUCUGGGUUUGACUUCAAUGAGCAGCUUGGUAAGGGAUCCAGCUUCAUGAAAGACAAGGACUGGCAGGCCAUCCUACCAGUAUGGGAAGAUUUCAUUGGCGAUGCAUUUGACCAUGAUCAAGACCAGGAUGCCACACUGCUUGGAGGCACUCGGUGGGUCCCAAAACCAUACCAUGAAUUCAAGCUGGACCAUUUGGGUUCGCCGAUGUUGCCCGAGAUGGGCGAUUUAUCCCUCAAGACCAAGAAGGCAAUGAUUCAGGUCAUUCCUUACCAUUCAUUACAGUAA